UUCCCAUUUAAAAGGCGAGGAGCUUCUUGAAAACUACAGAUCUAACAAAAACAAACCAAAAUGUUAGUCGGUAAACUGUGGAACGAAUCGGUUGUUUUUGUCUCACUUCUACUUUUGCUGACUUUCAUAACAUAUCAGUUGCUUAAAGAUUACAUGUAUAAAUGGAGAGAACUGAAACCUGUCCCUGGGAUUAGUCCAACAUACCCGUUCCUAGGCAACACGCUCAACUUUAAGUCUAACAGAAGAGAUUUCUUUUGUCAGGUGGUUGGCUACACAAAAGAGUUCUGGGACUUUCCGCUGUUUAAGUUAUGGAUUGGACCUGUCCCAUUUCUCAUCCUAUACCAUGCUGAGACUAUCGAGACAGUGCUGAAUAACCCAGUUCACAUGGACAAGGCCUACGCAUACAAAUUUCUGCACCCCUGGCUGGGAACAGGACUACUCACAAGUACUGGGGAUAAGUGGAGACGCAGACGUAAGAUGUUGACCCCAACAUUUCAUUUCUCUAUACUAACUGAGUUCCUGGAGGUGAUGAAUGAACAGGCAGAGGUGCUCAUAGAGAAACUUGAGAAACGAGCUGGAAAAGGCCCUUUCAACUGCUUUAACUACGUCACUCUCUGUGCCCUUGACAUCAUCUGUGAGACUGCCAUGGGAAAGAAGAUCUAUGCACAGAGCAACCAUGACUCUGAGUAUGUGCGUAGUGUGUACAGAAUGAGUGACAUCAUCACCAGACGUCAGAGGAUGCCCUGGUACUGGCCUGAUUUUGUGUAUAACUAUUUUGGCGAGGGCAGAGAGCACAACCGUAGUCUGAAAGUCCUUCACUCCUUCACAGAGAGCGUGAUUAACGAGAGGGCAGAGUACAUCACCUACAUUGAGUCUGACAGCGAAUCAGAUCAGGGCAUGAGGAAAAGACGGGCUUUCUUGGACAUGCUGUUAAAAACAACGGAUGAGGAUGGGAAAAAUUUAACUCACAAAGACAUCCAGGAAGAAGUGGACACCUUUAUGUUUGAGGGUCAUGACACAACAGCGGCUGCCAUGAACUGGGCCAUACACUUGUUAGGCUCCCAUCCUGAAGUCCAAAAGAAGGCGCAACAAGAACUAUUUGAGGUUUUUGGCGAGUCUGAGAGGCCAAUUAACUCAGAGGAUCUGAAGAAACUGCGUUAUCUGGAGUGUGUGAUAAAGGAGUCUCUGCGUCUCUUCCCUUCUGUUCCGUUUUUUGCCCGAAAAAUCUGCGAGGAUACACAGAUCAAUGGCUAUAAAGUUCCUAAAGGAGCAAAUGUCAUCAUUAUAACUUAUUCCCUGCACCGUGACCCACGCUUCUUCCCUGACCCUGAAGAGUUCCGUCCUGAGCGUUUCCUGCCGGAGAAUUGUGUCGGUCGACAUCCUUAUGCCUUCAUUCCUUUCUCUGCUGGACUUCGCAACUGCAUUGGUCAGCGUUUUGCUAUAAUGGAGGAAAAGGUUAUUCUGGCUUCUAUUCUGCGCUACUUUAACAUAGUAGCAUGUCAGAAGAGAGAUGAACUCCGGCCACUGGGUGAACUGGUACUGCGACCAGAGCAAGGCAUUUGGAUCACGUUGGAGCGCAGAAAGCGCUAACGCACACGCAUAUAUAGCCAACAUGAGAAUUCAUUCAAAAUGGCAAUACUGUGUAGUGAAUGACACAAACUUUCUACAAUCACAUUAAUUGUUGUACGAUCUAUAUCUUGGAAUGAUGUCCACCUCGAGCUAUGUUCUUUGAAUGUGUAAGACUUCUGAUUCAUUGGACACUAAACGUGAUAGAUUAAAGAUUAAACACUUAAUAUUAAAUAAAUGCAGAUACGGUCUAUGCAAUCAAAUUGGAGAUAAUCGCUAGAAAUUAGAGGGCCCCAACUAAGCAAGCCAUGUGCUUACUCUGAUGUGUGUGUGUGUUUGUCCCAUUACCCAAUUUUUUAGGUAUCAUCAAACGACCAGAGUUUUGAGAAUACAGUGGACAUUCUGGAGCUAAACCAUUCAGGGCUUUAUAAACACAAUUACAAUAGUCUAACCUUAAGGUCAUAAACGCAUGAAUUAACAUUUCUGCAUUUGAUGUUAAGAGCAUAGGUUCCAUGUUUUUAAGAUGGAAAAACAGAGCUUCACAGAUGCUGGGAACAUGGUUUUUGAAGGAAAGGUUGCUAUCAAACAGCACCCCUAGGUUCCUAACUGAUGAAGUAUUAACAGAGCAGGCAGUGUGAGACAGUGUUCUAGGUUAUUACAUGUGGGGUUUUUAUGUCAGAUUUUAGCAUUAAAGAGAUAAGUCAUCAUCCAGUUUUUUUUAUAUCGACUAUGCAUUCUGUUACUUUUUUUUUCAAGUGAAUGUUGUGGUUGAUAGAGUUGAAAACAGCACUAAGACACAAUAGAACUAGUAAAAAGAUACAACCACGAUCAGAUGAUAGAAGCAGGUCUUUUGUAACUGUAACUGUAAUGUCUCAGUACUAAUGGUAGGGUCUAAAUCCUGACUUGAAAUCCUAACAGAUACCAUUUUUCUCUAGGUAUGUAGUUAUACUAACGUUUCUAGCAUCUUUGACAGAAAAGAUUCAAGAUUGAUCUAACUAACUAAGUCUUUGGGGUCAAAAUGUGUUUUUUUGAAAAGAGGCUUAACAACAGCCAAUUUGAAGGUUUUGGGGGGAUAUCCUAAUGACAAUAAUUAAUUAAUAAUAGCCAAAAGAGGAUCUAUGAUUUCUGGAAGCAGAUCUUUCAAUAGUUUAGAUGGAAUAGGGUCUAACAUAUAUGCUGUUGGUCGUUGAGAUUGUGUUACACAGAAGUGUAACUGUUCUGUAACUGAAACCACUGUAAAAUGACUAAGGGCUAAAAGUAUACUAUAAAAUUGAAUCUAAGAAAAUAUCAUUUCAUUUCUUUGAGAAUGACCAUGACUAAAACUCUUUAUUAAUCUGUACUUAAAUUAACUUAUGUGGCAUGAACUAUUAGCAGAUCAUUUGUCUCAGACAUUCAAUUUUUUUCUUCUUUCUACUUUGUUCUUUUACACAUUUAAAUCUAAAGAUUCUAAUGUUAAUUGUAAAACUGCUUUUUACUGAUUGUUAAAAAUACGAUUAAAUACUAUCAAAGCA